AUGGAGAAAGGAGCGAUCACUGACGGGCAGAUUAGUUCUUCGUCACAGCUUGAUGCCAACCAUGAAGCCAGCCAGGGUAGACUGAACUUGAAAGGAUCGUGGUCAGCUUACGCUAAUGACGCUGAGCAAUGGCUACAGAUUGAUCUAGGUAGCAAUCCUGUCACUGUCACACGGGUGGCAACGCAAGGAAGUAAUUUAAAGAGCCAGUGGGUAAUAAAUUACACGCUGAACUACAGCGACGACGGUCUGAAUUUCCAGUUGUACAAACAACAAGGACAAAGUGAACACAAGGUUAGACACCUCUGCAGACAUUUACAUUGUGGGGAGUUUGUUACUUUUUUAAAGAUGUGACUGUUGCUUGUCAAAAAAAGUAGAUACAGCAAAUAGUUGACUAAUUAGGAAGCAAAAUAAAGUUCAGUAAUCUGUUUCCCUGCAUGUCACCCAUAAACCGAAAAAAGCUGUUAUCAAAGUAAAUCAUCUUAAUAUGUACGUUUUGAGAUCUUCUGCAACGUUGCCCCCUUCGUUAGUGAGCUGUACUUUUCUUUUUCGACAUUUCGUUCACCAUACUUAAUCCCCUCAUUCAACUCCCUCUGAGGAGUCAGUCGGGGUGAGUGAGGCUUAUAAAGUUUCACAAACAAGAAAGGGGAUCAUUGGGGUUGAGGAUAAUUUGUGGUCCAUUUUAGCCAUCCUUUCCCUUUUGGGGUGUUGUGGUCAGGGCUCAUUUUCUGUACUAUACAGUUCCCCUGUUCCUCAAAAUAAUUUUGAAUUUCACUCUGUUUUCUGAAAGUAAUUUUAAUUAACAUGUUCCCCAAAAUUCAAUGUUGUCAGCUUUCCGAAGUUUCCAAAACAUAGAGUUGUAAUGGGGGUCAAGCCUAACCUGUUGUGGAACCUGAAAAGGCAUCUGGGGAAAGCGUAAAGAAAAAAUAGUCAGUAGUUCUUUGGAAGGAAAAAAACGACUUCAGGCCCCAGUCUACUCGCAACCAAGUCACAACCGACUGCAAUAGACCAGAGAAGCAGCAAAAUUGUCAAACAUUAGAAGUCUGACAGUACAGUGUAAAAGUUUAUUCGAAAAUAAUCUAAUUUUAAACUAUAAAAUCAAUGUCCCCCUAUUACUGGAAAGACUCAGCCGUUAACCUUUUCCCUGGAGGUCAUUUCAGGAUACCUCACGUUUCGUCCUAAAAGUAAAUGGACAAGGUCCCUUUUGUUUCCCAAAACCCCUGCUCAAAUUUCAUAUACUUGGUGUAUGUUUCAAAUUCCAUUGUAAAAAAGUACGAUAAUCGAGUAAAAAAAACCCUUCAUACUAUUACAACAUCAGUAACAUUCACCAGAAAGCACUAGCUUUUAUCCAAGUGAUUCCACUUCUCAACCAAAAACACUCGUAUCAGGGGUUACGUCUAGGUGUGCAGGAACCCGAGGGGUGUUCUGAAAUUCAGUGCCUGGUAACACAAAAUGUCAUCCUUCGAUCUUGAAUAGCAGGGAAAUGGCGCCAAAACCGUGACUAAGUGUCCACAUAAAGGAGCGGUCAUUAACUAUCGGGGGGAGGGGUGGUAAAUUUUGGGGGAAGGAUGCGAUGUUUUGGGCGCCAAUUUGGGGAGGACUAAAAUUUUCUGAGCCCGCCUUUGGGCGAUGUGCGCGUACUAAUGGGUUUUGUGUUACUGAAAUAUUAAGCACUGCUUGAAAUACGAUGGCCGUGCAAGUAAUAUUAACAGAAUUGCAUACUCAAAGAUGAAUCGCACGGUUAAAAAGCACUCUGAUUGGCUGGAGAUCAGGAGUGACUUCACGUGGAAUAGCUUGCAAUUUGCUUGACUUUGAAAUGGCUUUGAAAACAGCGCACGGGAUUUAUGAAUAACGAGACUGAGAACUGAAAGCUCAACAAAAUAGACGUAUGAAUUAAUUGCGUUCGAUCCAGGGAAUGCAGGAUUUGUCGUUUUCGAGAGUCCGGUUUUCAUUUUUUUUCCGGGGGAGCAUGCCCCCGAACCCCCCUAAAUAAUUCGUACAUUUGGGACUGACAGUACACUUGUUUCUCCAGUGACACUAGUGCUUAAUGUUCAAUUACAAAAAAACUCCAUGCCUGGACAAAAUGAAUGAUGAUACCGAGAAACAGAGGUCCAAAAUCUUCAUAGUUCUGGAUGAAAACAGAAGUUUGAACACCAAAGAAACUACACAAAACAAGACUAAAGCCGCAGUAAAACGGGCAACAAAAAACGUGCAACUUGUUUUCCAACAUUGCUGCAAACCAAGUUGAGUAGCGAUGUUGCGCGUUUUACCACCCAUGUUCGACCCUGUCUUGCAAGAAAUAAGGUUGUAAGGUUUGUUUUCGUAGGUGGUAAAACGAGGCAACAUCACUAUUCAACUCAUUUUGCAGCCAUGUGGCAAAACAAAUUGCGCGCUUUUUGUUGCCCGUUUUACCGUUUUUUAGGUAGCCAAUGAGAAUAUCAUUAAAUAAAUAGGUGAUCAAAAGUCUUCGUGAAUUAUGAAUCUGGAAGAAAAUCAUGAAUCAUUGAGGUAAAAAACGACAGGAAUCAUGAAUAUCAAGAUUCAAAUGAUUCCGCUUCUACCCCGAAAUAUUUUAUUAAUAAAUAGUAACACUUUUUUAUUCCAAUGAAAUAAUUGUCUCAAAGUUACGCUGGUAUGGAUUCUCGCGAUGCAACAUUCGAAUACUCAAAAUGUUAUGAGGGAGGAGGGGGGUUACAAUUUUUUGGGCACUCAUUUUGUGGGGGCAGGAUUUUUGGGCUGUUAACCUGAGAGGGGCUAAAACUUUUGGGUCCUCACUUUUGAAAUAAUACCGCCCAGCCACCCCCCAAUAGUUAAUGACCGCCCCUAACUACUGUUUUUAUUUUUUUUUUUUUUUUUUUCGCCUGAUUCAGGUGUUUGUUGGCAACACAGACGACAAUACUAUCGUUUAUAACGAACUCAAUGGGUCGAUUGUGGCACGCUACACACGUUUUCAACCAACGGCUUGGCAUAACCACAUAUCAAUGAGGGUGGAACUAUAUGGUUGCAAAGGUACGUUUUUUGGUAACAUCCUUCUUUUGUGGAAUUCGGUAAAAAUACAAACA